AUGGCGAAGGUUCCGAGCAUCGGCAUUGGCGUCUUUUUCGUCGCAUUUGCUUUUCUUCUUUCAGCGAAGCAGAACGACGGCCAGUCAAGUGCCAAUGCAGCCCCCACUCGAGGCCCUAUUCGAUCUCCUGCUGGCUGUACUGGUGGUGCCAGCUGUUUUACAGGUAUUCUUAACCGUAUAAGAAGACCACCUGGUCCUGGACAGCGACAUGGUGGAAGACCUGCUCCAGUACCUCGCCCAGGACCUGUUCCUGGAACACAAUCUGGAUCAUCUGGAUCAUCUCAAGGAAGACCUUCUGCAAUACCUCGUCCAGGACCUGUUCCUGGAACACCUUCUGGGUCAUCUUCUGGAUCAUCUCAAGGGAGACCUUCUGCAAUACCUCGUCCAGGACCUGUUCCUGGAACACCUUCUGGAUCAUCUUCUGGGUCUUCAGUAUCCCCUCUAGAUAUAUCUCUACCAACGCCUCUAGGAACACCUCUAGGGUCACCUGAAGGAUCCUUCCCUGGAACACCUUUUGGAUCAUCUCUUGGUUCAUCUAUAGGAUCCCCUCCUGCAUCAUCUCCUGGAACACCUGCAGCAGAAAGCCCUGGAUCAGGCCAUCAGGUUAUUGCAUUCCACGCCGGAAAAAAUGGUGCACGUGUUGUGGGAGCGAAGCAGAAAAUGAAGAAGAGGACGAACAGAGUGCGUGCCGGUUAAUGAUGGUGAUAUCUUCUGUUCACACUACCCGGCGCAACGAAAGGUGAAACUCCGCUGUUUAAAACCUAAAUAAAUAAGACAAAUUCACG